CGUUACCGCGCAGCCCUCUGCCAUGGUGACUUUAAGGGAGGCUUCCUGCGGGCAGCGCCGCUGCUGCCCCCUCCCGGGGCGGCGCGGCCCCUUUAAGGCGGCGCGGCGCUCUGUCCCUUUAAAAGGCGGCGCCGUGGGGCGGGCGGCGGCGGUCGUGGCCAUUGUCUCCCGCCGGGUUUUCCCCCCCUUCCCGCCGGCCCGGCGCUCGCAGCCGCCCGUUAAAAGAGCAGGCAAGAUGGCCGAGCUGGGCAGCAAGGGGGUGACGGCCGGCAAGAUCGCCAGCAACGUCCAGAAGAAGCUCACCCGGGCGCAGGAAAAGGUCCUUCAGAAGCUUGGGAAAGCAGACGAAACAAAAGAUGAGCAGUUUGAACAGUGCGUGCAGAACUUUAACAAGCAGCUGUCUGAAGGCACAAGGCUGCAGAAGGAUCUCCGAACUUACUUGGCUUCCGUAAAAGCUAUGCAUGAGGCCUCCAAGAAGCUGACGGAAUGUUUGCAGGAAGUUUAUGAGCCGGACUGGCCUGGGAGAGAUGACACAAAUAAAAUAGCAGAGAACAAUGACCUCCUCUGGACAGAUUUCCAUCAGAAGCUGGUGGAUCAGGCACUUCUGACCAUGGAUACGUACCUUGGCCAAUUCCCAGAUAUCAAAUCUCGCAUAGCGAAGCGAGGAAGGAAGCUUGUGGAUUAUGACAGUGCCAGACACCACUUUGAAGCCCUGCAAACUGCAAAGAAGAAGGAUGAAACCAAAAUUGCAAAGCCUGUUUCGCUGCUUGAGAAAGCCGCGCCUCAGUGGUGUCAAGGGAAGCUACAAGCUCACCUCGUUGCGCAAACUAAUCUGCUCCGAAAUCAGGCUGAAGAAGAGUUAGUAAAGGCUCAGAAGGUGUUUGAAGAAAUGAACAUUGAUCUGCAGGAGGAGCUGCCUUCACUAUGGAAUAGUCGUGUUGGUUUCUACGUCAACACAUUCCAGAGUAUAGCAGGCCUAGAAGAAAACUUCCACAAAGAAAUGAGCAAGUUGAACCAAAACCUCCAUGACGUCCUGCUGGGUCUAGACAAGCAGUACUCAGGCAAUGCCUUUCCCAUUAAAGCACAGCCCAGUGACAGCACCCCAGCGAAAGCAAAUAAAAGCCCCUCGCCUCCACCAGAUGGAUCUCCCAUCACCAGCCCUGAGACCAAGACUGUCAACCAUGAGCUGGAGCCGUCCACUUUGGAAGCGCCUGGGGCAAGCAUCCCAAAGUCACCAUCUCAGUUGAGGAAAGGGCCUCCGGUGCCUCCGCCUCCAAAAGUCACCCCUUCCAAGGAGAUCAAGCAGGAGAACAUCAUCAGUCUGUUUGAUGACAAUUUUGUCCCUGAGAUAAGUGUGACAACCCCCUCGCAGUUUGAUGCCCCUGGGCCAUUCCAGGAGGGAGCCAGCCUGUUGGAUCUGGAUUUUGAUCCCAUUAAACCAGAUGCCACUAUGGGGAAGACCCCUACACCUGCUUCCCAGUCUUUACCUUGGGAUUUAUGGGAGCCUACAGAAGCAGCCCAUGCAGGAGCUGAAGCAGCUGGAUCUGAAGCAGCAGCUGGAGCUGAAGCAUCUAAAACUGAAGGUGAUUCAGGAUCGAGCUCUCUGCCCGCUGUCGUUGUGGAAACUUUCCCUGCUACUGUCAAUGGCACCGUGGAAGGAGGCGCUUCCUCUGAAAGAGCUGACAUGCCCCCGGGAUUUCUGUUCAAGGUCCAGGCUAUGCAUGAUUACACAGCUACCGACAGUGAUGAGUUGCAGCUGAAGGCUGGAGAUGUGGUGCUUGUGAUUCCAUUUGAGAACCCUGAGGAGCAGGAUGAAGGAUGGCUGAUGGGUGUGAAGGAAUCUGACUGGAUCCAGCAUAAGGAACUUGACCAAUGCCGAGGGGUUUUCCCAGAGAAUUUCACAGAGCGGGUGCAGUGAAAGCCUGAGCCCGCCAGCCACGUUUCUGCUGGAAGAAAGCAAGUUUUCUGGUAGAUAAUUAAAAAAGAGCAGUAAAAACGAAAAGAAGAGAAUUUUAAAGGAACAGAAGCCUGAAAAAAUUGUCAACUUAAAGGGUGUGUGCUUUUCAAAGGGCAAGGUUUCAGAAGUAAAUUGCAAUUCAAAGCGUUAUCAAAAUAUAUAAAUACUACUACUACUAAGGCAGACCAAUUACGUUCUUCCCCCUUUGGUUUAACAGUGUUUGAAUUCAGAGGACUGACACAGAAGUAAAUCAGUGUGGUUCUUUAAAUGCUGCGUUGACUGAAUUGGCACGAUGUCAGUCUGGCCCCCUGGAAAGGCAGCCUUUGUCUAUUGGCUUGAGAGCAAAAGCUGCAUUUGCUCUUGGGUGGGUUCACCUGUUUUGUCUGGAAGGUGGCUUGCAUGGCACCUAGAAAAAUUCAGCCUUCCCCACAAGUUCAACCUACAGUAGCCAAACUUCCUGUGAUGCUGUUGAAAAAAAAUAUUUAGUGUAUAGUGUUCACCAAUACAAUGUAUGUAUGUGUGCGUAUUUUAUUUUCUUCCUUUAAAACAGUGUUAUAUAAACUAAUUUUAUACAUGUAAAGAAAGGAGAAACUACGUGGUAAUGACAUGGAAAUGAAAUAUGUCAAGCUGUGCUUAGUCCAAAGUUCUUUCAAACGCAAGCACCUAAAUUUUCGCAGUAGUGUAUUGGCCUGUGAAAGCUAAAGGGAAUGGAGGAAUUGCAGAGGACAAACAAGACAAAAUGAGCAGAUGCCAUUUAGAUGGCUGUGAAAUUUAGGAGAGGGAAUGUCCUGCCCCCGCAAGCCCUGCAGGCACUUUCAGAAGAGUUUAAAUUCAUGUAGGUGGAAGAUAGCUCUCCAGUUUGAAAGGAAAAUGUGUUUCUUAAGAAAGAAAAAUUUUCUUCUGAAAGGAUGUCUAAGAAAAAACACUGAGGAAAAACCAUUUGCUUUCUGUGUUUUUAAUUGGCAUUGUUAUCUGUGGAAUGGUAUUUUUGACUUUCCUUUGAAGACUUCUGUCAGUGAACUAUCUUUAAAUCAGCUUUCUCCAGUGCUGUGCUGGUGAUGAAGUUAACCUCUAAGAAAACUGGACUCUCGAAAUACUCAUUUAAAAUGACUGCAUGACUUCUUGAUAUUUUAAUGCAUUAGAAGAGGAAGGCAAGAAUAUCAAAGUGUCAGUGUCAAGAGGACACUCCGCAGUCUAAUACUGAUGCUGAGACCUUUCCUAGACCUUUCCUAUGCUCCUGUUUGUUUUUGAGUUUUGUUUUUUAGUUUAAACAGGCAGAUGACAAAGCUGUUUCAAAGUGCAUAUUACACUUGUUAAAGUAAGCCAGUCUGACCCUCCAAGUCUCUAAAGUCCCGCAAAGGUACUUUAAACUUUACUUGAAUACUGAUGCAGCUGGCAAGCAGGUCAGGCUAUUAUCUUUAUUUUUUUUUUUUAAAGGCUUCCCACCCUUCUUCCUCCUCGAUCUUUUUGCCUUGAAGGGAUUUUUAACAGUAAGGUUAACUCCUGCUGUAAAGGGACAGGAUCACUCUUGGAAAUAAUCAUCUUAUUAGGAGCUGGCUUUUGUCAGAGAUGUGCAGAGUGCUGACACACACUACUGAAAAUCCCACCUUUCCUCAUCUGCUUUAAUUACUUGUAGGACAACAGAAAAAAAAACACUGUAGGGCAAACAUGCUUUUGUUUUAUUUUUGUUUAUUCUUUUUAAAAUUUUAAUCCAGAGCGAAGGGUCAGAUUUUGAUCAAAACUAUAUUUUUGUAAAUGCAAGAAUUGCUGGAGUUCUUUCUGCUUUCACCUCGGAAGAUGGGUUGUGUUAGUUCUUUUACAGCAAUAUAACAAGCAUCAAAAUCUGUCCUGUAUAUCCAACUCCAUCUCAACAACUUUUUUUUUUUUAAAUAAACUUGCAGGAAUUCUUAUUUCUCAUCACUGUUACAAUCCCCAGUAGUAUUUAAGAGUAAUUGCACGCAAUACAGAAGGACUGGACUCCACAAGCGGUGGUAUGGCGAGCCAUUGCUUCAGAAUACUGCGCUCGUAGAAUUACUAUUUUUUUUCACCAGGGUUGUCGUUAUUAUUAUCUUUUCUUUCCAAAAUAUCUAUUUUUAUGCAUUUGUGACUCCCGUUAUACCUUUAAAGAAUAUUCAUAGAAAAAAUAUACAUUUAAAUAUACAUAGAAAUAUAUAUAUAUUAAAAAGCGGGUUGAUCCAAUUAACAUAAUGCCGUCAGCUUAAAAUGUUUAUUUUUAUGCAAAACCUGUGGAUUCUUUUUUAAAAAAGACAAGAUUCUAAGUACCAGAGCUGUGAUUUUUUUUUUGUCUUGCAAGUAAUUGUUCUAGAACAUUUAGAAAGCUGUGCUGAUACCUAAUUUAUUGUGGGUUUUUUGCUGUUGUUGAUGUUGUCUUCUGCUGUGUUUGAACCAGAUGACUGUCCCAGCAGAAAUCCUUGUAAGGCCUUUUCUUUUAAUUGAGCUUGCAAAGCAACUAUCCAGUACUGUAUUAUCCCUGCAGAGGUGGUUAACACUCUGCAAAGAAGGGAUGUUGUUUUCAGGUCACAUGGUUGAUGUUCAAAUACUGCUAGUGGAGAGGACGUUGCAUCUUUCUCCAUUUGCUUCCUUGCAACCACAGAACCCCCACCACUCCCCAGCCUUGCUUAGAGCAGAUAGUGUGGGUUACCUAGGUUUUGCCAUGCUUGCAGUAUCACAUCACAGGUUCUAAAAAUGCAGGAUUGGGCCCACAGGUUGUAAAUUGCCUUAUAUGAGAGUAGGGUGGCAUAGCAGGAAGCUUGUAGAUGGCAGUAUUAUUUGGAGCCAGGACAUCUCUCUAUCUCCUGGGCUAUGUUCAGCCCGUAAACAGGCACAUCUCCUCCGAUUUUCAGGUUGGUUUUUUUGAUCUGCUAAAUACUUUGAUUUUGGUUAGUAUUACCUGGUGAAAUAAAAUUCCCAUUUUCUUUGGCUUAGGACUGAUAUAAAUAGAAGGAAGGACAGUAAACUCCCAAGUAGGCUGUGCCCACUGUGGUUUUUCAGUUUGCAGGCUGAACUGAAAAAUCUGGGGAAAAACAUUGUAAGGGUGGCCUGAAGUUGUAAGGGUGACCUGAGACAAUUUUUUUUUUUCCAUUUUCUCAGUGAAAUGAAAAAGGGAAAAAUCAAAACAUUAAAAAAAAAAAAUCCUUUCAAACCAAAAUGAAGCACUUCAUUUUUAGGGUUGCUUUUUCACUUUUUUUAAAAACGUUAUGACUUGGGCUAUAAAGAGUUGAUUUGAAGCGCAAAUGUGAAACUUGUUCUGAAAAUGCUGAAAGAAAAAAUGUUUUAUUGUUAAUAGUCUUUUUGCCUUUGCCUUUUUUUCUUAGUCUGACAAAUAGUUUCAGUUAACCCUUAUUUCUGUUUUUGAUGAAUACAUUGUCCACUGAAGAGAUCCCAAAGAAGCCUAUUGCCCAGUUCUGCUCCAAUGACAGGUACACUGGACACAUUUCAAGGAUUACCUGGUAUUCAUCCUAACAAAGCUGCUAUUUCCCCACCUAAUAAUCUUCCACUGGAUUGUUUUACUGUGUGAACAAUAAAAGCAUCUUUCAGCCCUUGCCA